UUAUUUCGAUGUACAUCUCGUGUGGGAUUAACAACAAAACACAGACACAACAAUAGUGUCUGUCUGUGUGCGUUUCAGAAGAGAAAAUGAACACCACUACUCUCUCCCCUUCCCCAUCUCCAACAACCUUUGCACCUCCUAGGUUGUCCAAAUCCUAUACAUCACUUUCUCCCUUCUUUUCCAACAUCCUCGUACCAUCUUCUUCCAUACCCUCGUCCAUUCAACUUCCCACCAAAAGGGGUUUUCACACCACUGGACUUCGCUGCAACAGUAGCUUCUUCCCCGGUGGACCACCUUCUGGUGAUGGUGAUAGCAGCAGCAAAAAUGUUCUGGAUGCAUUUUUCUUGGGAAAAGCUUUGGCCGAAACUCUAAACGAGAGAAUUGAGUCGACGGUUGGUGAGUUCUUGAGUAAUGUUGGAAGACUGCAAGCUGAACAACAAAGACAAGUUCAGGAAUUUCAGGAAGAAGUGUUGGAUAGAGCCAAAAAGGCAAAGGAAAAAGCAGCUCGUGAAGCUACUGAGGCACAACCGCAGGGUCUGGUUUCCGAGUCUGCAGCUUAUACAGAAGUCGUCGUGGAUUCAGCUUCUUCGGGAACUUCAUAUUCUUCAACCGAUUCGGUUACUUCGGUACAGUCUACUGAUGCAUCUGAAACAUCCACUGAGCCCACCAUAGGGGAGGAUCCGACUUUAAGUUCAUAAGUGAUAUAAGUUAUCAAGCUCAAUAGACAUGCCAUGAUCUUUUUUCAAAAUUAGAUACUUUCUGGUUGAUAUUUCUUGUAAACAAAUAAUGAGUUAAUAUUCUCAAACGGGUUAUCUUUACAUCUAAAUAAAAGUAUAUAGUAUACUUUAUUAUCA